CGCUGUCCGACUUCCCGAAGGUUAAUCUCGAUUUUUUUUCGGACGAGAGACGCAGCCGAGCGAAGGAAUCCGUCCUCCUCCGAGUUGCGAGGGGCGCAAGAUCCUCCUCUGGAUUUUGGCGGACUUCGAAAAGUUUUCCCACGGCGGCGGAGGAGGCGCCGCAUCAGCCGCGGAGGAAGGCAAAGGGGGGGAGAGAAGACGAUCGGACGGUCCGGAAAAGGGGAGGAGAAGAUCGGACGGUCCGGAGCAAAGCCAGAGGCUGCCUAUCCGAUCUGCCCGUCUCCCGGGGACCGCUUCCUCGCGUUAGUCGCGGGUGCUUGGGCAAACAUCCAGGAUGGCAAAGCUGGGGAUGGCCCGGCGCAGCAACAGCCUCACCUUACCCGAAAUCAGCUGCAACCCUGACAUGUCCGGGAAAAAACGAAAGAGCAAAAGGAAGAUGUCGGAGCAGAAAAAAUCCUACAGCCUGGAAGAGUUUGUUCCCGAGGGCUUCCGAAAUGAACACAACACGCUUUUGACUCGAUCCAAAACAUACGAUGCGUCUGUCUCCAAAGAGGUUGAGAAGGAAACAGUUUCUCUCCAGAGAAGGACUUCUGUCUCUGAUCUGGUGAAACAUGCCGUGAAUUUCCACCGUGUCUUCAAAGAUCUCUCUGAAGAGGGGGACCUCCUGGGAACAUUUUCAUGUUCCUGGCAACGAGAGAUGCCUUAUUAUGGCCGCCUCUACGUCAUUAGCAAUCAUAUCUGCUUCUACUGUAGCGUGCUUCGACGGGAAGUUAAGGUUACCAUUUCCGUGCUAAAUAUCAGUGUCCUAAAGAAGGCCAACACAGCCUUGUUGGUACCCAACGCCAUUUGCAUCCGUACGACUGAAGGAGAGAAGUUUCUGUUCAGCUCCAUCCGGUCACGGGAGAGUGCCUACCAGCUCCUGCGCUCUGUUUGUAAACAUCUCGAGGACAGUAGUCAGAGUAACAGUCCAACUGCACCUUCCAUCAACUCAGACCACCUCCCGAAGAUAACCUUGAACUCUAAGGAAUCAGAUGCAAAUGAUAACUUUCCAGAAAAAACAGACGUGGCAGACAGGAUCCAGAUACCUUAUGAAGCAUCUUGCGAGCAGCAACAGCCGGUGACAAAACAGCAAAAGGCAGAGCAGACGCCGAAGUCGGUAGCCACCCAGAGGACUCCACUGUGCCGUUUCAACACAAUUAUAAUCAUCUACCUUUUUUUGGUCGUUCUCCUACUUUGUUCUUCGGGCUACAUUGGUCUGCGUAUCAUCCAACUGGAAGAACAGUUGAUUUCCAUGGGGGCUUGGCCUGAAUUGGACCUUCAGCAUCAAUAUAAGGCAAGCUGAGAAACCACCGUGUUCCAGGCAUCUGUGCAAGGUGAUGCGGAAACUGACAUUUCUGUGACGGCUGUUCUUGCUGAUCACAAUUUAAAUUGGGCACAGAACUUUCCUUAGGCCUUCAGUUGUCAAGCUCAACUACGCAAGACCCACAACAUCGAUUCUGUUUGAAGGUUAUUCCCCCCACCAACUUCUCUGGAAAUAGAGGGGGGUUUCCCCCAAGAAGUAGAGAAUGACUUUUAAAGGGUUCCUGUGCACCAUGCAAGAUUUGGAGACUGGCCCGCUAUGGAUCUAUCGUGUGCCUUGAAAAGCCAACAUUUAGUAACUUUUUUACUCCUAACAUUUCUGGGUAAAAGAAGAUGGGAAAAGUGAAACACCUCUCUUUUAGUUUGUGUGUGUGGGGGGGGGGGGAAAACACCUUUCCCCCUUCCUCUUUUUUUUUUAAAGGCCAAUGAAGGUAUGUUUUGUCUUCUUGCACCAGCGGUGGUCUUCAGCCGAUUCGGAUUGGUUUGGGUGAACUGGUAGUGACGAUCUGAAGGUGGGCAGGCCCGGCUCUAUGCCAUCCUAGUUAGCCAAGUUUUCUAAGCCGCACGCAUGUGUGCAAACCAUGCGCGUGAGCAAAGCGCAUGCGCAGGGGGUGCAUAUGCACAGUUUUGGUGCGCAAUGAACCGGUGGUAAAAUUAUGUGAAACCCAGCUCUGUCUUGUGCCCACAUAAUAUUUUUGUAAUUAGCAUAAGGGAGUAGUUUAAGAGGAUUAUGCUUUCACACAGCUUUACUGUUGACGCUACCUACAAAGUUCAGAAUAUUGGGGUGUUAUUAAUUUUUAAACAAAAUAACUGUGGAGCCUCCAUGUUCAAAUGUGAUCUACCACCAGGUAGAAACUGUUAAGAGCUGAGCAGGGAAAGGGCUGGCCCUUCAAAUCCUGCUUGAGGUAACCUGCUGGCAUUUCAGAUGGAGAAGAAUGGAUGUGGACCUCUGAGUUCUACGUUCAGUUGAAAAUCUAUUAAAGAUUGUUUUAAAACUCCAAGGUUUUUCCCCUCUCCCUUUCCCUUCCCUUCCCCCACACCCAGACCAGCAUUUUCAGGGACAAAUUGGAUUUUGACUCAGGAACAGAUAUCUUAUUUUUAAAAUAUCAUCCGUUUGGGCAUAAAUUAAAUCCAGUUAUUUAUAACGCAAAGUAGCAUUUCUCUUUUAUUAAACUUGCUGGAAUACAUUGUGUGAAUAGCAUUAUGUUAAACAAAUGAGAUGGACACCCUUAACGCAUGUUAUUUCUCUCAUUUUACAUCAAUGUCUACAUUGUGCAGCUGAAGUCAUUAUUGGCAUAUUUCUUUCUUUUUUCUCCU